CUGUUAAACCCGUGCAGACAAGCUACAAAGGAAUCACCAGAAGUGACACUUUGGGAUCAGAGAACGAAAUCGAGCUCAGUGAGUAUUUGCGAGUACGUCGAGGUACUCUCCGCAGACGCAAUGGCUCCAACUUACCCAUCAUUCACCUCAACCUAUCACCACGACCAAUACCCAGCAAUCGAUCCCACCCAACCCGCUCUCGACUGCUCAGACAAAAUCGUCAUCAUCACCGGUGGCGGUCGAGGCAUAGGUCAAGCAAUCGCAAUAGGUUUCGCCCGCGCCCAUGCCAAAGGCAUAGUUCUCCUCGGCCGCACUCAAGCCUCACUGGAAGAAUCCGCCAACAAAAUCAAAACCAUUUCGCCCUCAACCGACGUCCUUCUCACUGUAGCAGACAUCCAACAACCCGAUCAAGUCCAAUCAGCCUUCAGCACCGCCAUAGCGCACUUCAACACCGUCCCCGACAUCCUAAUAAACAACGCCGGAGCCCUCCUGGGCUCCGGAACCAUCAUCGACGUCGAAAUCGAAGACAUCUGGUCCAGUUUCGAAAUCAACACUCGAGGAACCCUCAUCGUCUCCCAAGCCUUCCUUCGUGCAAAUCGAUCUCAGACUCCAGACGCAAAUCGCACAAUCAUCAACGUCUCCUCUGGUUCCGCUCAUAUACCAUAUGCGCCUGGGGCAGCAGCAUAUAGCUGUGCCAAAAACGCAGCAGCGCGGAUAAUGGAGUUCUUACAUCAUGAGAAUCCAGAAUGGAAAGUUUUUAAUAUUCAACCGGGAGUUGUGGCGACGGAUAUGGCGAAGCAGGCUGCGAGGAAGGCGCUUGAUAGUCCUGAGCUUUCGGCGGGAUUGGCGGUGUGGCUGGCUGUGAGUCCUGAGGCGAGGUGGUUUAAUGGGAAGUUUGUGUGGGCGAAUUGGGAUGUUGGGGAGUUGUUGGAGCGGAAGGAGGAGAUUGUGGAGAGGCAUUUGUUGUCGUUUACGCUUAAGGGGUGGGCGGAUGAUGUUAGCACUGACAGUUUGAUCGAGAUUGCGAGGGGUGUGACGAGGAAUGCUGAGCGAGAGUAGAUGGUAGGAGCCAGGUGCCAGAGGGCACUCGUGUCUCUUAUGACUCUGUGCAGUGAUGCGAGAAAGUC